AUUUCAUACGUCAUUGAACUGACAAAGAUAUAUCAUAAACAAAUAUUGUGUACCGCGAUUGCACCAAAACACUGAUAUUCAAUUUAAAACCACAAAUAUUUGAUAACUGCGAUGGCACUGAAGCCGACAACUUGCAAGGAAGCUAUCGCGCGGUGGGAGAAGGAGAAAGGGGAGAAUUCUGCUGAAGCCACAGUCGUGGAGCUGCAGUUCCAAUGGCCUCCGAUUGAAAAGAUGGACGGCGCCUUAUCCACCUUGGUUGCAUGCGAGAAACUUAGUCUUUCAACAAACAUGAUCGACAAGAUAGCUGGAAUAGCAGGAAUGCGGAGUCUUAAGAUUUUGUCUCUGGGUAGAAAUUACAUAAAGUCGUUGGCUGGCAUAGAAACGGUAGCUGAAACCCUGGAAGAGUUAUGGAUCAGCUACAACCCCAUAGACAAGUUGAAAGGCAUCGGGGCAAUGAAAAACCUUCGAGUGCUCUACAUGUCUAACAACUUGAUCAAAGAAUGGGUGGAAUUCAACAGACUACAGGAAUGUCCAUCUUUGAGGGAUCUAGUGUUUAUCGGAAAUCCUCUGUUUGAUAACCAACCUGACGUGGACACUUGGCGCAACCAAGCCUGCAACCGCUUGCAGCAAAUAACCAAGCUCGAUGGGAUUCCAAUCAUUAGAGAAUAAUCAUAUCUACUUACGG